UCUGACUAAUUUGUGUGUUUUUACAGUGGCUAUGGUGACGACCAAGCAGCAUGAAAAUAUCAACAGCCUUGCAACUGAAAAACGUCAACUGGUUGAUCAACAAAAGAUGAUGAAGAACCAGAUCGAGGAUAUGGCCCGAGAGAGAGACUCGAUCUGGGUCGCCGAAGGAAUUAUCAAAGAAAAAGAUGAACUAAUCCAAGAUUUAGAGGAGUUUCAACGAGACUUAUUGGAAAUGAUCCGAGACAGAGAGAGGCUGAAACAAGACACAGAGGAGCUGAGAAAAGACAAAGAGGAGCUGAGACGAGACAGAGGGGUGCUGGACAAAGACGAAGAGGAGUUUUUCCGAGACAGCGAGAAGCUUAGAAAAGACAAAGAGGAGCUGAGCCAAGACAUAGAUGAGCUGAGCCAAAGAAAGCAGGAGAUGAAUCAAAAGAUAACAAAGUAUAACAAAGACAAAGAGGAACUGAGACGAGAGAAAGAGGAGGUGAUCCAGAAGAUAGAGAAGCUGAACAAAGAGAAAGAGGAGCUGACCAAUGAGAAACAGAAAGUGAGUGAAGACAAAGAGAAGUUGAAGGAGGAGCAAGAGGAGCUGAGAAAAGAGCAAGAGGAGUUGAGAAAAGAGCAAGAGGAGAGGAGAAAAGAACUAGAGAACCUGGAAAAAGAGCAAGAGUUGGAAAUGAUAAAGGCUCUGGCAAAUAUGACAGAGGAGCAGAUAAAUAUAAUGAAGGAGCUGAUUGAAGAGAGAAAGCAGCUGAAUAAAGAAGAAGAGGAGUUGGUCAAAAAGAAGAGGAGCUUAUUGAGGAGCUUAAAGAACAUCUGAGAAAAGACAAAGAGGAGCUGAGAGAAGAGACAGAUGAGCUGAGCAAAGCAACAGAUGAGCUGAGGAAACAGACAGAUGAGAUGAACAAGCAGACAGAUGAGGUGAGCAAAUGGAAAGAGGAGCUGAUCAAAGCAAAAGAGGUGUUGGAAAAAGAGACAGAGAAGCUGCUUGAAAAGCAAGAAGAGCUG